UACUGGAUAGUCGUGGUUCCAAUCGUGGUUAUUGAAUGUUUUGUUUGUAUAGUGUAUCCACAUGACCGGCCGAAUUUCUAGUAUUUCCAGUACCACUAUCCCUUCAUUUGCGAGUGCGCUUCUUAAACGAUGUAAAAAUCAAUACUUUUAGAUUUUUUCAAUUGUUAUUGCUUACUAUCUACGGUUGUUUAAAAACUUGUCGGAACGACCAAUGCUGAAAGCCGUUUACUCGUAAGCUGUGUUUUUAUGUAAAAGAACGUGCUUGAUAAAUUACAAUGAUUCAGUCUGAAAACACUGGAGCUGUGGACAAAUCAGGUCAAGAUGAUGAAUUCAUUGAAAAUGGCAUGUCUAAAAAGGCGGAUAAAAAUAAUGUAAAAGGUAAAAAGCGUAAGAAAUGUUUACGUGACAAAACAGCACCAAGACCUCCACAUUCUGGGUACAUACGAUUUUUAAAUGACAGACGUGAACAGUUCCGAUCUGAAAAUCCCAGUUUACCAUUUGCUGAAAUUACCAAAGUGUUAGCUACUGAAUGGAACCAGUUGCCGGCAGAUAAAAAACAACAAUAUCUUUUAGCUGCUGAACAAGAACGAGUAAAAUAUGUUGAAGAAUUAGCAGCUUAUAAAAAUACUGAUGCAUACAAAAAUUUUAUUCAACGCAAAUUGAAAAAAAAAAAAGUGAAUACCUCAAUCCAAGAGGAUCAAAAAUUAGUAAAAGAAAAGCCAUCUAACGAUAACAGUAAUACGGUUCAUGAUAUACCUAUUUAUACAGAAGAAUUCUUAAAUUUUAAUAAAGCUAGAGAAAGUGAACUACGAUACCUCCGUAAAACGGUAACAGAUCAAGAACAAGAAGUAUCUGUCUUAGAUAAACAUAUUGGAAACAUGAAUAAUGGUAUAAUCAAAUUAAUGGCUAACACUGAAAAACUUAAAGCUGGAUGUUCAAAUUAUGAACAGCAUUUGACUAAAUUACGAUCUCUACUUCUAGAUAGUUUUUCUAACAUAGCAUUCUCAGAUAACACUGAGCCACCUACUAUCGAGACAAUUGACACAUUCAUGGUUGAUUUAGCCACACUUCUAACAACUGGUACUAAUACUGAUCUUUCCUGGAUUGCAAAUGUAAAAAGAGCAAUUUCUAAUCUAGAUUUUUCUUGAUAUUAAAAUAAAGUGUAUUUUAAAUUAUCUGAUUA